UUGAACAAGAAUGCUAUGAAGCAAUCAGCAAUUGGAUAUGUUGCAAGGUCAUCUCUCCUUAGUAAAGGGGUUAGUUUGUUUGCGUGUUUCAUCGGCUCACUCCAGGCUUCAGUUACAAGGAGCAUUGUGAAAAGGUUCCUUGGAUCUUCGUGGUCUGCCACAGCCAUCGAUGCUGGAUGUAGCCAUCUCUUGCAGUACCACACGAUGCGCAGUGUGCUUUUCAUGGCAAAGACAGAGUUCCUAAAGCUUCAUGAAGAACCAGACUGGAAUUUCAUCAGAGCAAAGCAGGACCAAAUUGCUUUUCUGUUUGGUGUGGAUGAUCACUGGGGCCCACUGACUCACUUAGAAGAGAUCUCAAGGCAUGCUCCGGGGGUUGCCCUGUCAAUAGAGAAAGAGGGUCACACACAUGGCUACUGCUGCACGAAGGCUGGAUCCUUCUGGGUUGCUGACUACGCCGCGAACUUGAUUAAAAAUCGGAUGCUCGUUAGAGAUAGCUGAUGACAUACAAUUGUCUUAUUUGGAUGAAGUAAUAUACGAGUAUGAU